GAGGAAGUGGGAGGCACAGUUCAUAGUAGCUGCUCAUAACUCACUGCAACCGUGCGUUGUAGUGGCAACUGGACUCUGACUGAGCGGCAUCUGAACUCUCGUUUCACUCUUGAGUUGUGCUCCUGCCCUUUUUUUCGCCGCUUUUGAGUGUGUUGUUAGCGUUUCCUGUCUGCACAGUGAUCCAAGUUUGUCGGUUUAACCCUACUUAUCUGCUGCAAACAGGUUGCAAAGAGGGAGAAACAUUCCCUGCGCGUCUUCCGCUGCUUACUUGAAUUGAUUGAGAUCUCGGUCCAAGAUGAUGAUAAUUAUUGCGGAGUUCUUCGUGGUCAUUUUGAAAGUGCUCUGGGCUUUUGUGACUGCCGGGGCCAAAUGGGUUGUGCGGCCCAAGGAGAAGAGUGUGGCGGGACAGGUGUGCGUGAUCACCGGGGCUGGAAGCGGCCUCGGGCGGCUCUUCGCCAAGGAGUUCGCCCGGAGACGAGCGAUACUGGUGUUAUGGGACAUAAACAGCCAAAGCAAUGAGGAAACGGCGGAGAUGGUGCGGCAGAUUUACCAUGAACUGGACACUCCCAUAACCAAAGACGGACCCGUUGGAGGGGUAGAGGAGGUCCCUCCUUUUCAGCCACAGGUCUACACCUAUGUGUGUGAUGUUGGAAAGCGGGAGAGUGUGUAUUCCACAGCUGAGAAGGUGCGUCGAGAGGUGGGAGAGGUGGACAUACUGAUCAACAAUGCCGGUGUCGUGUCUGGCCAUCACCUCCUGGAGUGCCCCGAUGAGCUGAUCGAGCGCACCAUGGUUGUCAACUGCCACGCACACUUCUGGACCACCAAGGCGUUUCUCCCCAAGAUGCUGGAGCUGAAUCAUGGUCACAUUGUGACGGUUGCCAGCUCUCUGGGUUUAUUCAGCACAGCUGGAGUGGAGGAUUACUGCGCCAGUAAGUUCGGUGCCAUUGGGUUCCACGAGUCACUGAGCCAUGAGCUGAAGGCCUCGGAGAAGGAUGGCAUCAAUAUGACUCUGGUGUGCCCUUACCUGGUCGACACGGGAAUGUUCAAAGGCUGCAGGAUAAGGAAGGAGAUUGAGCCUUUCCUGCCCCCCUUGAAGCCAGAGUUCUGCGUUAAACAAGCUAUGAGGGCUAUCCUCACUGACCAGCCCAUGAUCUGUACGCCUCGCAUCGUCUACAUGGUCAACUUCAUGAAAAGCAUCCUGCCCUUCGAGGCCAUUGUGUGCAUGUACCGGUUCCUAGGCGCCGACAAGUGCAUGUACCCCUUCCUAGCUCAAAGAAAGGAGGCCAUGAACAACAAUGAGGCAAAGAAUGGGAUCUAGGGGGCGCUGUUUGCAAAACGAACAGGGGCACGUAAAUGUGCAAGCAUGAGGAAACAACCACUGAGGAUGAAAAUGGGGAAGAAGGAAGGAAGAAAAGACUGAAUCUGGACUGGUGCACUUGCAUUGAGCAAAUGCAAAGGUUUACCAUAUUGUUCCUCUGGAACAAAGAAAGCUGUGUACUACACAAAGGAUUUAUUUGACUUUGUUUUGUCUUUUUUUUUUUUAAGUUUGUUUAAAGAAACCAACAUCUAUAUACUAUGUCACUAGUUUUUUGAAAUCAUACAGAAAAGAUAUCCAAUAAUUAACUAUUUACGUAAUGUAGUCACCAGCCUUAUCUAGUGUCAUUGUGGAAAUAUACAGUAUGUUACUGUACAAACAGUAAAAAUCCUAUUUUUUUUUCACUUUUAUUUUUUAUUUUUGUAGACAUGCACUGUAAUUUCUGAUGUUUUCUCUACACUGCCAGCAUUUUUUUUUCUGUGUAGGAAGGUUCAACACAGCAACUCAAACUACCCAGCAUCUCCCUACGCAGAGGCUCUUUUUCCGUCAGUCAGGAAAUUGGUUUGCAGCUCACACAGCUCUGAUUAUAGCUUUGUGCCAUUUAAAAUAAAAUAAGAGAAAUAUUGCAAAAUUAAACUUUAUCAUAUUUUGUUUUUGUGAAAAAACUUAAGUUACAGACAUGUAUCAUAUGUUAAUAAUGAAGUCUACGCAUUCCAAAUGGGGAACAUUUAACGGCCAAAUUGUGGCUGACUUAAAUCUUCACAGGAGUUUUCCAGUGUAAUGGGACUCAACAGUGUCCCUUAAUGGUCCUGUUAUUUCAGGUCUGUAUUGACUAACCUCAAAUGAAACGCGGACAAGGGAAGUCGAUGUCCUUGGCUGAACUAGCAUGUCUGACACACUCAGAAUGUACUGCUUUGGGAGAAAAACCGAGAGGAAAUAAAUUUUUAUUUCUCUCAUUUCUUUAUUUUCAAGAUCUGUGGUGUUUAUAUUGUAAAUUUAUCUGUUACCAAUAUUAUUUGUUUAAAAAAAAAGAAAAUAAAUAACCCUACAAAGGCUGUAACUCCAGGCGAACCGCUGUCCCAACACUGAUGCGUGGUUGAGGGAAAUGUAUUAAAGACACUAGCUUUCCAUUAUUCUUUCUAAAGUAACACUUUAACUCUCCUGUCCAUUGUCCACCUUGUACAGUUAAAGUGAAAUGUAUAUGUUUAAAUGUUGUGAAUACCCCCGGUAUCCCAAAAUGACUGUCUCCAACCAUGUUUGAUUUAUGAAUAUUUUAUAUACCUUUGGGGCGACAAGAGUUUUUGAAUUUCAACUACAUUCCAAUAGGCGUCAUUCCUUCAGUCACAGUGAUGAGCCUAAAUUCUCUACCUCUUAAUUUUUUUGCCAUUUUUUUUGACAGUAUGACAUAAGCCUCUUUUUUUUUUUUUUUUUUGUAAUUUUCUGAAGACUGCUCCAUAGCAGAGCAAAUGUGGUUCCAAUGUUUAGUGUCUCUACCUAACUUAAA